AUGGUCAACAUGAAGACAAAACAUUUCGAAACAUCUGGUGCUAAAUCGAAAUUAGAUAUUUCUACACAUUCCAAUACAGAUGAUUACAAUCAAUGUCGAAAUCAAUCUUUAUCAAAUAAUGGAAAUAAAACAAUGAUAAAUUGUCCAUUUAAUACACAAUUGAUUUUAAAAAAAGCUCAGAGUAAAUCCAAAUCAUCAACUACUAGAAAACCUAAUAAAGAAAUAGAAACAACGACAAAAAUUCCACGAUGUGGAGUACGAGAUGGUCCUCUUAUGUAUUUAGCUGAAGCUCCAUGGAAAAAGAAAUCUUUUACAUGGAAAUUGCUCGAUGGAUAUCAUCCAUCAUAUGGUACAGGUAGAACUCGUGCACAAAUUCAAGACGCAUUUAAUGAUUGGGCUAGAUAUGCACCAUUAACUUUUAGAGAAGUAUCACAAUAUGACGAAGCUGAUUUUGAAUUGGCUUUCAUUCAUAGAGUUCAUGAUCCUAUUCGUCGUUUCGACGGACCAGGAGGAACUUUAGCAUAUGCAUAUCUUCCUCCUUCAGGAAUGAUCCGUUUUGAAGCAGAAGAACCAUGGAAAGAUGACUAUAGUAAUGAGACAACUGGCUUUAAUUUACAUCUUGUAGCGACUCAUGAGAUAGGUCAUGCGCUUGGACUUGGUCAUUCCAAUGAUCCAAAAUCAAUAAUGUUCGAACAAUAUCAACUCUUCCAACCACACGAACUUCUACCAAGAGAUGAUCGUGCUGGUAUUCAAGCGCUAUAUAAAGACACAUCUACUCCUACAAUAACAUAUCCAACCAGUACACGUAGAAGAACAUACCCAACUACUACACGUAGAAAAACAUAUUCAACUACUACACGUAGAAGAACAUAUCCAACGAGUACACGUAGAACAACAACGAGGUGGUCCACAAGAUACAUACCAAAAUCAUCAUGGAGAACAGUGAGUUAUUGGCCAACAACAGUAUGGUGGACAACAAGAUAUAGUCCUACAACUACACGAAGAACAGUAAGAUAUAGAUCCACAACAACAUCGAGACCGCCAUCAACAUGGAGAACGGUGAAUUACUGGCCAACAACAGUAUGGUGGGCAACAAGAUAUAGUCCUGCAACUACACGAAGAACAGUAAAAUAUAGAUCUACGACAACAUCAAGAAAGACAAGAUAUAGAACAACAACCCAGUGGACAACUAAAUACAAUCCCACAGUAACAAUGAGAACAGUGCGGUACAAAACUAAGACGACCUUGAAACCAACGAAGUAUAAAUCAACAACAAUAAAAACAACGAAAAAGACAAAAACAACAACAACAGCACCUACCAGAAAAACAAAGAUUACCAUACCAAGAAGCAAAACAACAAAAACAUCAGGAAGUACAUGGAGAUAUACAACUAAGCGUUCAAUUCGCACAACAACAACGUCGCAACCAAAUAAAGAAUGGGUAAGAUUAUGGCCAACAUGGACGAUAUUGUAUCCAAAGUCAAAAAAUCAUUAUGUAAGAUACCAAUUAGGAUCAACCGAAGUAUCUAAAAAACAAACUAUACGAACUACGAUAUUUAAAAAGACAAAGACAACAACAACAUCAACAACUGCUAAAAUACAAAAGAAGUUGAUAACAACGCUACCAGCAACCAAAUUAAAACUAACAACAACAACAACAACCACUAAAUCAAUUCCAAAUAAAAGUAAGCUGAUAACUGUGAGUAAAUCAACAGAGAAAUCAACGAAAACUACAACAAUGUUGCCAAUAAGAAAAAUAACGACAACAAUUGAGCGAAUCAAGACAUUAUCAACAAAAACAGUUGCCGCAAGUAAAAUAACAACGAAAUUAUUAAAACGAACAUCAACAAUAGCAUCGGAAAAGGCAAAAAUACUAACAACAAAUCCAGUGAUAGUAACUAAAAAUAAUACAAAUGUAUCAAUAAGAAAUACAAAAACAGAUACAACAAGAAAAACUACAACAACAAUGACAGCCAACAAAACAGCAACAAAUACUUUAAUGAAAACGAUAACAACACAACCAACUAUAAUAAUAGGAAAGAAUGAACAGGUACAAUUAAAUUUUGAUGAAGAUCAUUAUACAAAUAUAUAUCAACAUGAAACUUAG